AUGCUUAAGCGCUUGGCACUCGGCCUGUUGGCCGCUCAAUCUGUGGUGGCUACACGCUUUGUCAUGUACAUUGACGAAUGGCAUGUAACCGAUCUUCCGAGCCAGGACAAGACCGAGGGCAUCGACUAUGCUGUCAUGGGAUUCGCUCCCUCGAAGACUUUCAACACAGGGUCAUCGUUCCAGCCCUUCGAGUCUCCUGAUACCAUGCGCAAGCGCUUCGGUCCAGAUACCAAGCUGAUGAUUGCCAUUGGAGGCUGGGGUGAUACUGCCGGUUUCUCGGAAGCAGCAAAGACCGAGGCUUCGCGUGAGCGAUAUGCUAAGAAUGUUGCUUCCAUGGUUGAAUCGAACGGAUUCGACGGCGUCGAUAUCGACUGGGAGUAUCCCGGUGGCAAUGGUGAAGACUACAAGACUGUGCCCAACUCGAAAAAAGUCGACGAAAUCGAAACUUAUCCCCUCUUCCUCGCCGCUAUCCGCAAGGAAAUCGGCGACAAGCUCCUCUCCAUCGCUGUGCCAGGUCGUAAGCUGGACUUCAUUGCUUUCACCAAGCAGCAGGGUCCCAAGAUCUUCGAGUCAGUCGAUAUGGUUAAUGUCAUGAGUUACGAUCUGAUCAACCGUCGUGAUAACGUUACCGAUCACCACACUGGUGUCCAGAACUCCUUGGAUACCAUUAACGAGUAUCUCGCUAUCGGUGCUGCUCCCGAGAAGCUCAACCUUGGCUUCGCCUACUAUGCUAAGUGGUUCACCACCGCCGCUGACUCUGACUGUGAUGAAAACCCACUCGGAUGCCAGCUCGCUCAGCUCGAGAACGACGAUGGUAGUGAUAAUGGAAAGUCUGGUGCUUUGACCUUCGAGGCUAGCGCGGUUGCUCCUCCCCCUAAGAACUUGAAGGAAUCUAGCAAUGGAAAAUGUGGAGCUGCUGAUGGCGCCAAGUGUCCCCAGGGACAGUGCUGCAGUGCCUCUGGUUACUGCGGUACAACCGAUGAGUUCUGCCAGGCUGGUUGUCUCUCCGACUACGGCACCUGCAAGGGACUUUCAAUCACCGACUCCUGGCGCAAGGCCCAGCAGGACGGCAAGACCGAUGCCAAGGGCGGCGGUCAGUACUACUUCGACAGUGAUAACAACCUCUUCUGGACCUGGGAUACUCCGGAACUGAUUGAGCGCAAGUUCAAGGAGAUUGUGGGGGAGAAGAAGCUCGGUGGUAUCAUGGCGUGGAGCUUGGGUGAGGAUACCUACAAGUUUGAGCACUUGGAGGCUAUGCAGAAGGGCCUCAAGUCUCACUCCACCAUGGCCAAGUCCGAAGUUCCUGGUAAAUAG